GGGUCAGGAACCCUGCAGUGCUACAGCUUUGAGCACACCUACUUCGGCCUCUUUGACCUCAGUGCCAUGAAGCUCCCCAGCGUCUCCUAUUCCUUUGGAUGCUUUGAGGCCGUCCUGUCCCUGGACACUGGGUAUCGCGCACCGGUGAGCAUGGUGCAGAAGGGCUGUGAGACAGGCCGGCCUACGGGCCAGAUGCAGUCCAACCGGGACGCCCUGCUGCCUGACUACUCGGUAUUGCUGCCUGACUGCUUGGUGGUGCGCAGCUGCGCGACUGACUUUUGCAACGCCGACCUCGCGACCCAUGACACCAUUCCCAACCUGAGCCAAGCUCCCAACCCACAGACGCUCAGCGGCACCGAGUGCUACGCCUGCGUGGGGGUCCAUCCGGAGGACUGCGCCCCCGAGAAGUCCCGACGGGUCCAGUGUCACCAGGACCAGAGUGUCUGCUUUCAGGGAAAUGGCAGAAUGACAUUCUGCAACUUCUCAGUCCCUGUGUACAUCAGAACCUGCUACCGGCCCUCCUGUACCACCAUGGACACCAUCAGACCCUGGACAGACAUCGACCUCCGAGGCUUCUGCUGUGAAGGGCACUUCUGCAACAGGAACUUGGUGACCCAGUCCUACACCACCUCUUUGGCCCCUGUCCCUCCCCUGGCUCCCCAGGUCAUGGUGCUGCUCCUAGAGGUUCUUCUGCUGGUCGGGCUCUAG